AUGUGUAGGUAAACAGAGAAAGAGAGAGAGGAGAGCAGGCAGACAGACCAGACAAGAUUGAGCAUGCAUGCGGGAGCCGAGCUCAAAGUUUCUUUUUUUUUCUGACUUUCCUCCCAUCCUGUGAAAUGUGACUCGCAAGCUAAGCAUGAACAUUUUCUGGGGCUGAUUUGUUUAAUUUAAGAUUUUAAGUUCUCGCUCAGACAAAUCGCUCGGUGCGCAAUGAGCGCGUCUGCAGGAACGGGAGUGUUCCUGCUCUCCCUGAUGUCUAUCCCCAUCUGCUAUUUAUUCAAUUCUCUCAUUUACAGCAACAGUGCUGAAGCUUUCUUCUUCGCUUGGUGCACAACAGUUCUUAUUCUGGCCAUUUCAGCUCGUUUUAUGCUUAAAAAGAAGGCUCCAGUAGAUCCACUUUUUUAUGUGUAUGCAGUGCAUGCAUUCCUCAGUGUGGUGAAUCUGAUCAUUGGACUGGAGCAAGACAACAUCAUUGAUGGAUUUGUGACAUUUUACCUCAAAGAGGCAGAUCCACAUGUCAACACAGCACAUGGGCACAUGAUAUCGUACUGGGAUGGCUGCGUGCACUAUCUCAUGUAUCUGCUUAUGAUUGCUGCAAUAACUUGGGGGGACAAUUACAGAGCUAUUGGACUCUACUGGGUGGGAUCUUUUCUCAUGCGUGCAAUGGUCUACAUUCUUGGGAAUGCUGUCGGAAAGUAUGGGACUCACGUUGGCCCUCUCUUCAUCCUCCAUUUGUUGUACAUCUCAGUGUCGGUGUGGGCUUGCUUCCGCAUCUUUUGUCAGCCUUCUGCACGGGACGUUGAGCUAUCAGACAUCGAGGAGGCUCACAGGGCAGGCUUGCUCCGCAGACCUGUGGACUUGGUAUUCAUCAUCUACCUCAUUCCAGCGCUGGCUUUCUGUGUGUUCAGAGGCCUGGUUGUUCUUGACUGUUCCAGCAAAUGGUGCCAAGACUACACACAGCAGUAUGAGCCAUACCUCAAAGACCCUUCAGCCUACCCUAAAGUACAGAUGCUGGUGAGCAUGCUGUAUUCUGGGCCCUACUACAUCAUUACUCUGUAUGGGCUGUUGGUCCCAGGAUGUGACUGGAUGCCAGACCUGACUCUUGUACACUCAGGAGCAUUGGCACAGGCCCAGUUCUCCCACAUCGGUGCAUCUCUUCACACACGGACACCGUUUUCAUACAGAGUACCUGUGGACAGCCAGCCUGUCUUCUUGCUGGUCAAUGUGCUGUACAUGCUGGUGCCUCAGGCUCUGUGCUACCGCUGCUGCACACAGCCCGCCUUCUUCCUCAGGACAGCGCCAGAGAAGAAAAAUGAAUGACAGACUGUCGGGGGGACAGAGAGAGUGCUACAGAUGCCAAAGAUGCCUAAAAUAAAGGCCCGAAGAACUCGCAAAUUCCUGCUGUGUUUGCAGUUAUUAGCGGUUGCUAUUUUAGAGAGGAAACUGCCACCUGUAAACUUCAUGGGGUUAUGUGGAGGUGCUAGAAAUGGACAAAAAUGGAAAUUGUGCCAUCUACUGUUUUUGAUCUGCCGCUUUUUAUUGAAAAUCUCUGUGUGUAAAGCAGCAGCAUCCACAUAAGGCACACACAAUGUUACACUGCAGGCAAUGGUGUGUUAGAGUUGUGUAACAGAUUGAUAUGACUCACAAUAGUCAUUGUUUGGUAUAAAAACAAAACUGUCGUUUGUCGCUGAGAUUUCUGCACAGUGCCUACUUGGCAAAUAAAUUAAUGUGUCUGUGCCUUUCACAGUAUUUAUUAGCUAAUAGCAAUUUUUUUAAAUUUCUUUUAACUUUUUGUUUUUUUUAUUCAGUGUGGUUUCAGUCAGUUUGCAGAGUGGGUUCCCUUGAUUCAGUUUAGUUUUAAUUGUCUGAAAAUGAUUAGUUUAAGUUUGGUUUUUAGUAGUUUCCUUGUUAGUCUGAGUUUCCUCAAUUACAUUUUAAUUAUUAUUGUAUGCCAGGGGCAAAAUUUAGGAAAAUCCUUACAGCUAAUGCAAUGAAAUCUGUAACAAACUAACAAAUACUAAACUUAAGGAUAUUUUCUAUUAAUUUUUUUCUUUUCCAAGUUCACAAAAUCAUUUAAUUUCAUUUUUUUGGUCUAGUUUUUAUUUUUAUUUUGUUAACUAAAAUGGGGUUUGUUUGUUGUUGUUGUUUUUAACAUCUAGUUCUAAUUCACAAGCACUGUCUCCCUGCAUUAAACAGUUACAUCUUUAUAUCUGACACCACCACCAUCCCACUUUUAGGCGCUCUCUAGCCCUCAUACAAUCCUGCUUUCAUCUUAAUGGGAUUAAUUGUGAUGAAGAAAAGCAUAGCACUGAAAUGAAAUAAUAGUUAUGGAAAAAAUAAUAGAAAUCUAAUCCUGCCCUUGUACUGCCAUUGCACCGCCUCUUUAUUUCAUCCUUUGCGUCUUUUAUAAUCCUCUUGUGUGCUACAUGCUGUGUUAUUAUAUUUGGCCUGUAUUUUGUUAUUUGUUAAUCAAGAUGCUCUAUAAAAUGAUCUCUGAUGAUAGUUAAUAAAGUUGUAGACAGACUUAAAAAUAGAUUAUACUGAAUAGAGAGCAGACCUUUUAUUCCCUUUUAAAAAUCAAAGUAUUUAGUUUAAACCAGAGGGGAGUUUUGUUUUCAGUAUUAAGUAAGAAGGUGGAGAAGUUGUGAGUGGAGAAAGUGGGGUUAGCCCCCAGUUCCCCAGUUCCACAGGAUAGCCAUAGCACCAUGGUUUAGUCUUAGACCAAAACCUCAUUUAAGGAUUUAGGAAAACAAAAGAGCAAAAGCUAAUUUAGCUUUUUCUAAGGUGGUAGAGGAGAGAUGAAGACUCAGUUGGUAAUAGAUGUGUAGCACAGUUAAGCUUAGAUAACUGACCGAGGGGUUUUCUGUGAACAAGGCAGAAUUUAUACCUAUGGUAUGGGUGCUGCAGUAGGUGGAGGAGGUCAGAUUGUGGAAAUUGCACAUGUGAAGAAAUGGAAACUGUUAAGCAUGUUUUGAUGGACUGCUCCAGCUAUUUUAUUGAGACAAAUAUUAUAAACAUUAAGACUUUU